AUGCCAGAACCGGUUGUUGAAGAGGAAGAAAAAGUCGCGUUUCUCGACGAGGUUGUUGAAAAGCUGAAGACUAUUGAUGAUAAGACUCACUUCACAGAAUACUGUGUACUGUGUUACAUCCUUGCACUUAGCAAGGCAGAAGAUUUGAACAACAGAAUCAAACCAGUUGAGCAUGUGGUUAACUGUUUUAAGUAUGUCAACAACAAACUAAACGUUUCGUCCGCAAUCAACAAAUGCGACCAAUGGAUCUCCACAUUUGUCGACAAUUUGAAAAGCAAUAAACGUAGAGCUUCUUCUCCACAAAAAGAUGAAACAAAAGAAAUCAAAGAUGAGGUUGAACUCAGCUUAGGCCUUAAAGAGCAACUCCGCCUCAGUGAAGCAUGUGAAGAACCAAAUAUGUAA